AUGCAGUGUUUGUGCUCUGGUGAACAAAUGAGACUCAGAGAAGAAGAAGACAAGCAAGCCGAGCUUGGCGCAGGCAGAGACUACAAUGGCAGCUCAGCUUUAUCAGUCGCAGAGAGCGAGAACGCCAAGAAACUAGACAAUGGGAACAUCGAAGAAGCCGAGUUAUCUCUCCGCGAGACAAGUUCACUGAACUACGAGGAGGCGAGAGCGCUUUUGGGAAGAAUCGAGUAUCAGAAAGGAAACAUAGAGGCUGCAUUGCGAGUCUUUGAAGGGAUAGAUAUCAAUGGAAUCACAGUGAAGAUGAAAACAGCUCUCACCGCAAAAGAAGAAAGAAAACACAGAAGACGCUCUAGAAGCAACUCUGCUGCUGCUCCUCCUCAGCCUCCAAUGUCUAAACAUGCUGUUAGUUUGCUCUUCGAAGCCAUUUUCCUCAAAGCCAAAUCUCUCCAGCGUCUCGGAAGGUUCCAAGAAGCUGCGCAGUCUUGCAGGGUGAUUCUUGACAUAGUGGAGGCUUCUUUAUCAGAAGGUGCGUCUGAAAACGUGACCGGUGAUGUCAAGCUGCAGGAGACGUUAACGAAAGCUGUAGAGCUGCUUCCACAGCUGUGGAAACUCGCUGACUCGCCGCGUGAUGCGAUCUUGUCUUACAGAAGAGCGCUUCUCAACCACUGGAAGCUCGACGCAGAAACCACGGCGAGGAUCCAGAAAGAGUACGCUGUGUUUCUUCUCUAUUCCGGUGAAGAAGCUGUCCCGCCGAACCUGCGUUCUCAGACGGAAGGCUCGUUUAUACCGAGGAGCAACGUGGAGGAAGCUGUUCUUCUUCUCAUGUUGCUUCUCAGGAAAGUCAAUCAGAAGAGAAUCUUAUGGGACGCAGCGAUCUUGGACCAUCUCUCCUUCGCUCUUACCAUCGCUGGGGAUUUAACCGCUUUGGCUAAGCAGUUUGAAGAGCUUAGCCCUGAGAUAUUGGAUCAGAGGGAGCUUUACCAUGCGUUGUCUCUUUGUUACAACGGUGCAGGAGAAGGUCUUGUAGCUCUCGGUUUACUGAGGAAGCUGUUUGCGGAACGGAACGAUCCAAACCGGGUUUCGGAUUUGCUCAUGGCUUCAAAGAUAUGUGGUGAGAGAGCUGGUCUUGCUGAGGAAGGUCUGGAUUACGCAAGAAGAGCGGUUGGGAGCUUAGGGAAGGAAUGUGUUCAGUUAGACGGUGCGGCGCGUCUUGUUCUAGGGAUUACACUCACGGAGAGCUCGAGAACGGCAGCGACUGAGGCGGAGAGGAUGGCUAGGCAGUCGGAAGGGAUUCAGGCGCUGGAGUCUGCGGAUAUGACGGACGCGAGAGUCGCGCACCGUCUUGCGUUGGAGAAUGCAGAGCAGAGGAAGCUGGACUCGGCGUUGGUUUACGCGAAGCAGGCGUUGAAGCUCGGGGGAGAGUCUGAUCUUGACGUGUGGUUGCUUCUUGCUCGGGUUUUAUCUGCGCAGAAGCGGUUUCAGGACGCGGAGACGAUUGUGGACGCGGCGGUUAACGAGACGGGGAAGUGGGAGCAGGGGAAGCUGCUGCGUUUAAAGGCGAAGCUUCGUUUGGCUAAAGGAGAAGUGAAGGAUGCGAUCAAGACUUACACGCAGCUUCUCGCUCUCCUUCAGGUGCAGAGCAAAAGCUUUAACUCUUCAAAGAAGAUGCCAAAGGGAUAUGUGGAGGAGUUGAGGAGUCUGGAGCUUGGGACGUGGCACGAUCUUGCUCAUGUCUAUAUAGAACUUUCGCAGUGGCGUGAUGCAGAGACGUGUCUCUCGAGAUCAAGACUCAUUGUUCCUUACUCUUCUGCUCGUUACCACAGUGAAGGUGUACUGUAUAAGAGACAAGGACAGUUAGAAGAAGCGAUGGAGGCGUUCACGACGGCGCUAGACAUUGAUCCGAUGCACGUCCCGAGCCUGAUAUCGAAGGCUGAGCUUUUGCUGGAGCUUGGGAACCGAUCAAGCAUAGCAGUUGUGAGAAGCUUUCUAAUGGAGGCUCUUAGGAUUGAUAGGUUGAACCAGUCGGCUUGGUACAAUCUUGGAAAGAUGUUCAGAGCUGAAGGAUCUGUGUCGUCGCUGCAAGAAGCUGUUGAGUGUUUUCAGGCCGCCGUUACAUUGGAGGAAACAAUGCCAGUGGAGCCAUUCAGAUGA